AACACCAGCGGAGUCUCGGAGGCUGUGAGCAGUGCCCCUUCCACUGCAGAGCCCUCUCGGGUCUCUUUCCAGCCAUCUGGGAUCUCUGCACCUCCAAAUUCAUUUUUUUCACAAACCCCCAAAUUUCCACCUUCCCAUAUUUUUGAUUCCCAUCUAUCGUUUGGAUUUUUUCUAACUCAGGAUUGCCUUUUUGUUAUUUGGCCACCAUGGUACAGAAGAAAACUACUGAAAUGAAAGGAUUUCACCGUUCUUUUAAGGGUCAGAACCCUUUUGAUGCAGCUUAUGAGAUGGAAUCCAGAAACAUGGCGUCAGUGUUCAAUUUUGACUGUCCCUCACGUCCUGAUGUGCCUUCCAGUGCCCCCAUUGACAUCCCUGAUGCCAAAAAAAGAACCAAGAAGAAAAAACGCUGCAGGGCAACAGAUAGCUUCACUGGGCGGUUUGAAGAUAUGUACCAACUGCAGCAAGAAAUUCUUGGUGAAGGCGCUUAUGCAAAAGUUCAGAGCUGCAUUAAUCUCAUCACCAAUAAGGAGUAUGCUGUGAAGAUAAUUGAGAAAAGGCCUGGCCACAGUAGAAGCAGAGUUUUCAGGGAGGUGGAGAUGUUGUAUCAGUGUCAGGGUCAUAGUAAUGUAUUGGAACUAAUAGAAUUCUUUGAAGAAGAAGAUAAAUUCUACCUGGUGUUUGAGAAGAUGUGUGGUGGUUCCAUACUGAAUCAUAUCCACAGACGCAGGCAUUUCAAUGAACGAGAGGCCAGUUUUGUGGUGCGGGACAUUGCAGAAGCUCUGAACUAUUUGCACAACAAAGGCAUAGCACAUAGGGAUCUGAAACCUGAAAAUAUCCUUUGUGAAAGCCCUCAUCAAGUAUCACCAGUGAAGAUUUGUGAUUUCGACCUUGGAAGUGGUAUAAAGCUGAACAGCGAUUGCUCUCCAAUCUCCACGCCAGAGCUGCUUACACCUUGUGGAUCUGCAGAGUACAUGGCCCCUGAAGUGGUAGAAGCUUUUAAUGAAGAAGCAUCAAUAUAUGACAAACGUUGUGACUUGUGGAGCCUUGGAGUGAUCUUGUACAUCAUGUUGAGUGGAUAUCCUCCAUUUGUGGGACACUGUGGCAGUGACUGUGGAUGGGAUCGAGGCGAGGCUUGUCCUGCAUGCCAGAACAUGCUGUUUGUAAGUAUCCAGGAAGGAAAAUAUGAAUUCCCUGAGAAAGAUUGGGCUCACAUCUCAUCUGGAGCAAAAGAUCUUAUCUCAAAACUGCUGCUUCGAGAUGCCAAGAAGAGACUGAGUGCAGCGCAAGUCCUGCAGCACCCAUGGGUUCAGGGGAAUGCUCCUGACAACACACUUCCCACUCCAAUUAUCUUGCAACGGAACAGUAGUGCCAAAGAUCUUACUUCAUUUGCGGCAGAAGCCAUUGCAAUGAACCGCCAGCUAAUGGAACGGGAGGAGGAAGAAGAAGGAACCGAAAGCUCCUCAUCCUGCCCCAUUGUGGUGAAAGCUACCUCUUGCUCCAUGCAACUAUCUCCACCUUCAGAGUCAAAACUGGCAAAAAGGAGACACGGCAGCAAGGGGGGAAUAUCCCCUCCCAGUUUGGCGCCCCUGCUAAUUGUCAGUGACUAAAUAUACCUGUCUAUAUUUUCAUUUCUGAGUCGCAUGUGCAUUUGCGGCUUAUUUUAUUUGCCUAUCCUGAUGUAUGGGUCUUCUUUACACUGCUUUUGGCCAAUUGUGCCAUCAACAGUUUGUAGGUUAAGGUGGUACGCACAAUGAUUUAUCCAAUUACACAUUUAACAACUUUUUAAGGUGCCGUAUAAGAAAGAAAUGUUUGGGCUCAAAAUGUAUUUGUUCCCCUCCUGCUGACUGCAAUUCAUUCUUGUCAGGGCGCUGCAUGGAAUCUAGUUGCUAUGCUGCGGCAAUAGUACAAAAUUUUGCCUUUUUCUUUAGCAUUUUUAUACUGCUGAACAACACGAAAAGGAUAUAAAACUUUUAUUACAAAAAGUACAGGUUUUUAAGCUUAAACUUGGAUAAAACGGGCUAAAAAUAUUAAGUUCCCUUCAGAUUUAGUUAUUUAUGAAAAUAACUAACAUCUUUGCAGUGGUUACAGUAUGAGUCCUAAAAAUCCAUUCUGGUUUGUAUGAAACUGCCUAUGGUGAGGCAAACAAUGAUACAAAAUGAGUCAAAUGUCCUUAUAGAGCAGUGGGUGAAGAAAUGUGUGUAUGUGUGUAUAUGAAAAUAUAGUAUGCUCUCACAGUGGUGUGAGUAUUUUAUAUGGGAUAAUAUAUUCUUUUUUUAAUACACAAAUUUUAUACCCAGCAAAAGAUUUCAUAUUGGCUGGCUUCCAUUUAAUUUGCUGGAGUAUAAAGGUAUUUUUUCCAUUCAAAGAGAAUGCCUUGAAGGCCUUUUUUCUUUUUUCGUUUGUUUGUUCUCCCAUAUUUUCAUUUUUGUUUUUACCAAAGGUUCAUCAUUUUGCUUUUUUGUUAACAGGAAGGCGAUUCCUGUGUUGGCAGACUGUGAAAUUACUCCUUUCACCAUUGGGUAUGUGUAGGAGGUAUGGGGUUGGGGUUGGUGUCUGAAGCAAACAUGUAGCAUUGAAAUUUAUGUUGACUUCACCCAUUCAUUGUAGAAUUGUGGGGAAAAGGUUGCACAUGUGGAAUUCAGGAGUGUUGCUCAAGUUCCUGCACUCCUAAUCCAUGUACAUAUAACAGAUGCCCUCACUUUUACUGGGUUUAGUUGAUUUCCUGCUUGAACUUAUUAUCUACCUUUUCUUAAGCAGUGAUGUUGAUCACUCUACUUAAGCAUCUAUAUUCAAAUUAGAACCUGCCUUAGCAUUUAGGAAAUAAUUAUAACUACCCUGUAUAGACUUGAGUAUUAUUAUUGAGGUCUGCUAAGGGAAGCAGAUGUUAUAUGAGUUCCCUGCUGUUGCAAUUUAAGCAAUAUUUGCUACUUGUUUUGAAAGAAACAAGAUAACAAAAAAAACUGGUUAGAAAGCAACAUUUUUUACAUGCAGAUAGAUCUUUAUCACUUGGCUCAAAAAAUGAUGAAAAUUAUUUGCUUAAUUGUUUACUGUUUUGCCCAUGUUGCUGAAUUUGUCCAACUUUUCUGCAGGAAAAAAGUUUUUAUAUUUAGACUUAAACUGCUUGUACACAUAUAUCCACUAACCCGAUGUAAGUAGGGAGAUAAUGAUCCAGUCCUGAAUUGUUUUAAACCAAAUUCCUUGUUAUACUAAAUAGUAACAUGAAAUAAGGUCUCAAAAUUGCCUGUAGGGAAUCAUUAUCAUGCUAUAACAUGGGUAUAGUUGCUAUCUCUGCAUAUCGGUAUAUCUCUUCCACAUAUGUGUCGGUAAAUGUCAGUGUUUUUUGCUUCAAUAUUGUCCACAUAUUAAGUCCACAUUCUGCAUGGCUAACCAGUUACUUCUGUUCAAUAUGCUGUAAAUGAACUACAAAUUAGCCUUAUUGCAUGUGGAUUUGCAUUGUCUGGUAUUUAAGGACUGAGGUGGCAACUCAGCAUACAACAUACAUCUUAUUUAUCAGUCAUUCAGUGUGUAAAUUUAAUAUGUCAUAGACAUACAAAAUCAGCUGAAUGGUAGAUAUAUCAAGUAUGGUUGCACAGAAACCAGUCUAGAUUGUGGCUUUUGGCUAAAUUACUUCCUAAAAUUUGCAGCUCUAGAAAUGUUAGUGAAGCGGGAGUGCUCAGGUCGUGCACUGUGUACUGGUAUUUUUAUAAGAAAAGUUUUGCAGAGCGAGUUCCUGGAGGAUCACAUUGCAUAAUGGCAUGUAGCAUUUGGGAAACAAUUUCUGCUCCUGUUGUGUAAUAGUCUAUGAAAGCAUUCCCAAAUGUUUGGUUCACUGAUGCAAAGGGCAGGGAUGUUUUGGUGCAGCAGAGUUCUUCAGUUUGUUGUAAAAUUAAGUUCAGGGGAUAAAAUGAAUUGCUGCUCUGGAAAGAAUUGAUAUACCAGUGAGAGUAAAGCUUUAGUUAUAUAUUUCUGCAUUAAAAGAGCUGUAGCCCUCUGCCUACAGGCUGCUCUUUUUUUCUACUUCUCUGCAGCAUUGACUUUGAUCUGGCAGAAUGUAAAAAUAAGCAGCUACAUUAAAAAAUUAGUCUACCAAAUUCUUGCUAAAAACAUCCAGUUUAAAUUCCAAGCCCCACACUUUAUGAAAGUAUUUACUUGCCUGUAUUUGUGUUCAUUUAAUUCAGUCUUAAGCUUUAAGCAAUAAGGCACUUUGAGGGUUUGGAUUCCACUCCACAGAAGUAACUCAUGUGCAAAACAGCAGUGUCGCUAUAGGGGUCCUUUAUUAUGUGCAGGGAAAAGAGCAAUGUACAAAAAAAGCGAUGCAACCUGCCGUGUUUUGUGCACGUUAUGCCCUGCUCUACAUGUUGAUGAAUUGCAGCAGGUCUCUGUGCUCCAUAUCACAGCACAGAGACCUGUGUGUUCCUCAGUGAAUUCAGUGCUGCCUGCAUUAGCCAGUGCUGUACUCCUCAGGGUGUUGCACCCUCUGCUCCUCCCCUAACUUGUGCAUCAUUAAAACAUGCAGCUAGUGCCACCAUUUGCAUGCCACAUUGCCUGCCAUAAGGCAGAAUGCAGCCAGACCUCAGACUGAAGUGUUUACUGCAUGAGCACUAAGGAUGCUUUUGUGUAAAUUCUAGCUGUCUAAUUACAUUUUAGUUUGGGACAAUGACAUUAUAUGUAGACAUGCGAACGUGAACCAGUGAACAUUAUGGUCAUGCUUUUACUGACAUGCCUGUGGCAAUUCAAUACUUGUGAAAACGAAUCUUUAGAAGUUUUGUUGCCCCUGACUUUUUAUGGGUGACAGAAUGACCUGUGUGCUAUUCUAAAGGGGCUUUGUCAGGAUAAAUACUCCUCAGUCUUGAUAAAGAUGUCCCCAAACUGCCACAGGAAUUGGCGUGAGGUUCAGAUAGCUUAAUGAUUGUCCGCAUUUAGCUGUAUGGGCUAGGCUAGCCAUGAUUUUCAUAUCGGUUUGUGUUGCUUUACAUUAUUCUGCAUCUGGUAUUCAUGUGUGGGAUGUGUCUUUCUUCACACACCUACAAUGUAUACAUAAUUGUAAGUUUAUCAAAGUAAAUCUAUCAGGGUGUUUCACAUUCAGUCACCCUCAUAGGGUUGAUAUACACAAUCACAUCGGGAUCUAGACAUUCCAUUACCAGAAUGAUGGGCACUGAGUCUGAUACCCCUCCCAUGUUCCUAUAUUCGUGUUGUGCCCUCGGCUAAGAGUGUGUGCUUCCCAUAUAACUGCAGAACUAGAAUUUGAGAUCCCACUACAGGGAUGCAUUUGCAAUUUCUUGAAUUAUUUUUUCAAGUAUUUUUUCUUUUGUUAUAUCCAGAAGAAGAUUUUCUUAUAUUAAGAACACUUGAAUCUGCUGUGUGCAGAAACAUGUAUGUAAACAUUGUUGAGGUCAGGGAAAAGUAUUGCAAGGGUUAUGAAAUGACAUUCCCAGGGACUUUAUCACCUGGGAAGCUUUUUUUUUUUUUUUUUUUUCCCUUUAAAUUCCUUUCUCUCAAGGUGGUCAAGGGAAAAGGAUUUAAUAGUAUCUGCUCUUUUCUGAUUCCUUGUCAAACUCUUAGCAGAUGUUGCUUUGUGUUUUGUUUUUUUUUACUACCUAUUCAAAUGGACAUAAUCGCCCUGUAAAAUGCCUUUACUUAUGUUUUUUUUAUGAAAAGGCACUUCAACUUUAUAUUAAAAGUGUUAGGUUGCAGGGAAAAUGCCUAUAAAACAUGAAUACGUUUUGUAUAAAACAUCUUAUUGAGAACACCAUUUUACCCAGAAAAAAAAUAGAAUGGUUUCUGGAAGUUUUCAAUAAUACAAAGAUGUAAUGGGUUUUGUUAUUUUUUUUUUUCCAGGAAGGGCAUGUUCAGGUUUAGAUAAGCUUUGUAAGUGGUACAUUUUGUGAAAGGAAAUUCUGUAGUUAACAGAAAAUUUGAAAAAAAAAAAGUUUUUCUAGCAUAGAAGGUAAAUCACUCUGCUUUUAUAAAGUCUGAUUUCUCAUUAAGGGCGUUCUCUAUGGUCUGUGUAAAUAAAAAGGGUUUUACUAACCAUCCCUGUUAUGGAGAACAUGAAAAAUCAACUUUAUUUUUAUAUAAAAUUCUUUUCAGAAAAAACUAUUUGGGCAAAGUCUAAUUCAAAAUAAGUAUUUUUUUUUUUUUUUUAACUGCCAAAGGUUUAUAUGCAACAUACUUUGUAAUGCACUGUGCAAUUGUGAACUUCCCUAACCUGGUUAAGGGCAAUGCCACAUGUGACUCUUGUCCUGUAUGCAACAAAACAUUCAAAAAUACUUUAAAAAUAACAAUUAACAUGUGGCGAUUGAGCUUAAUAAUGGGAAAGUGCCAUCAAAUGUAAAGUGUUUUACAUGUGGUGUCCCCAUUUUUCUGAAUUUAAUGGUAUUUUUAGAUGUUUUGUCGCCUGUUGGAGAGGUGAUCUGCUGCAGGUGAAGCACUACUUGUGACAGAGCCCUUAAGGUAAAAAAAAAAAAAAAAGUUUUUUUUUCCCUUCGGGAGGGUAAUGUAAUGAAAAAAAAUCUGGAAAAAAAAUAAGCACUUUACUGUAUUUUAACAGGUUUUCUGAUGCAGCUAAGUGGAGAUCUGUCAAAUCUCCUUAUUCCAUCAGAACUUUUGUAUUCAGUUUUUGUAAUAAUUGAAAUAAAGGUCAUAAACAUUU